GUAUGCAACCCAUCAUGCGCAUUCUUCAAAGUGAGGUUAUAUAAAUUUUUAUUAUAGGUUAUGGGCCCUAUGUGCUAUAGUGUUUUUAAGUAAAUUAAAUACAAUGGCCCUCCGUGUAACGAACACUCUAGGACUCAAAUUGCUGCAGGAAACUGCUGUAGGCUUUUUGGCUCCCGCAGUAAAUGGUGCAAACACACAAAUUGUAAGACACAGACGAACGAAACAUUGGGAUCCCAAAUGGAAACCUUUGAGAAGAUUGAAAGUUAUGAAAGUAGACUUGCCCAACUACAAUGAGAAAUUUGAAGAUCUCUCAGAGGAAGAGAUUCGAUCAAAACUAAAGGAACAAGGAUUGUUACCUCCAAGACCUUGGCUUGAGCGUCAAUAUUUUAUCAGCAACACUGGAGGGAUUUUUGAGCCCUAUGUGCCUCCAGAGGGAGAUGGGAAAGUGUCACCAAUAUCAGCUCAGGGGGCAAAACAAAGUUUGGAAUUUCUUGGCAAAAAAUCUAAAACUAUGAUGGCAAUUCGUAAAGUCAGGCAGUUUGAGGAAGAAUUUGAUUCACCACAAUUCUGUAAAGAAGCCACUGAAAUUUAUAUCAAAAUGCAUGAGUGCAUGGCAGAGAAUGAUGAAGAAAAAUUGGUAAAAUAUGCUACUGAACGUGCAGUUCCUGAAAUUCUCCACAAUAUGAAAAAUAAAACUGUUAGGUGGAAGUAUAUUAAGGAUAUUGAACUUCCAAGGAUUGUUCAUGCCAGAUGCACUGAUGUUAUAACCAAGGAAAAUAUAUUUGCACAGAUAACUGUUAGAUUUCAUACUCAGCAGACUCUUGCAAUUUAUGAUCGUUUUGGGAGGUUGUUGCAUGGAAGUGAAAUCAUAGCAAAGGAUGUUUUGGAAUAUGUGGUCUUUGAAAAGCACUUGGCUAAUGUUUAUGGCCAAUGGAGAGUCCAUGCUAAGAUUAUUCCAGAUUGGAUGGCACCAAAAGAACCAGCUCCUAUAACUUACAAGAAAUUGCCAUCUGUUCAGGAGAAUGCUUUAGAAAAAUUAGAAGACAGCAAAAGUAGUCCAGUUGCUCAAAGUUCUGAAGCAAACAUUGCAUAGAAAUUUGUUGAGGUAGACAUUAAAGUAUUUUAAUUUCA